GCAUCUCCUCGCAGUGAGUCGGAGGCAGAGAGGCGAGCGGAGCUAGAGGAACACACACCGGGAAACACACUCACACACAUACUGAUGAAGAUGAUGGUGGUGAAGAAGAGUUGUUCUCCUGAGGAAGAGUCGCCUCAACGCCGGCCGUGAGACCACCGCCGCCGCAGGGAUCGUCUGAACCAAGAUGGCCGACGACCUGUACAGCAGCACCUUCUCAGCAUCAGAGUCGGACAUCUCCUCCUCUUCCUCCUCCUCCUCCUCCUCCUCCGCCUCCUUCCUGUCGCUCGAACAGCGCGCCGCCUUCGUCUUCGUCCUGAUCCUCUUCAUCUUCCUCGGCCUGCUGAUCGUGCGCUGCUUCCGGAUUCUUCUGGACCCGUACCGGAGCAUGCCAUCCUCCACCUGGACCGACUACAUGGAGAAGGACACCUUCGACUACCGGAUUUCCUGACAGGCGGCGUGAGGGGCAGCGGCGCUGAGGCAACACCGGUAAACUGAGGCGGCGUCGAGCAGAAACACGGCGCACGAUCAGGAAGAUAACACGGAGAUCUGGAGGCCAAAAUACUUUAUUCCCAGGACCUGAAACACUUUUACAAUUUAAGAUUCAACUUAUCGCCAAUUUGAUGCAAAGACAGCCGUUAUCUUUGCUCUGUCUUCAGGGGCAAGACAUCGCUGACCAAAAUAAUGAUUUCUGCCUCUCACACCUUAAACUCGACUCAAACUACAAGUAAACUUUAUUGUUCUGGAAACAAAACAGAGUGUGUUGUCCGAGAAACGUGCGCCUGGUGUUUCUGCUUCCUGUCCGACCGUCGUCUCAGUCUGCCUGGCAGGCAGAACAUCCGGGCAAAAAACUAAAACACAGCAUCCAAAGAUACAGACACUAUUUAAUCAGGGUUUCACUAAUUAUGUUCCUCACACGAGCAGAUCAUUCUCUGUUCUGCACGUGCGACGUUUGGUGUAUAUUUGAAAACGUGUCAGUGAAGGACCUGCUUAUGAAAUAACAUAAUGAGGAAUAUUCCAGAAAGAAUUCCAUUCCACAAAACAGAAGUGGAAUAUUAGGAUGAUUUGAACUGUCCUUUCUGAAGACAUGUUGCUGUGAUCUUUUGCCCAGAUCCAGUCAUUAGCGCCCCCCCACUGUGCUCCUCCUGCAGGAACACUCUGAGGGAGGUUUCUCUGUGGUUUCUACACCUUAUCAGACUGCCUGCCAGGCAGCGCGUUGGGGUUGCUGCUCCUCACCACAGAAUCUCUUUUUUAUUUACUUUUUACUUUCCGUCCUCAAAGUUGACUCGUGUUAACAGAACUUGUGACGAGGACACUGAGGGGUUUUACUGAGCGAGGACCAGACUGUUUCUGAUGAUGGAAACACAGAUCUGAAGGUCCGGAGACCGAUUACCGCCAAGGACAUCGUGGAGAAGCGAUAUUUUUCUGACACAAAACCAACAACCAUGAGCUUGAUUUUGGGUGGUCCAGUUCCCCCAAAAUGACUCUCCAGUGCCAAAGCUGCAGAGGCCUUCAGAGGUCCUGAAGAAAACUCGUAGUCACAGGUUCACGGUAGGCGGAGGUCUGCCAUCAAACCCCCCCCCCGAGAGGAGGAGAAUCUGCCUGGGGCCGCAGCCUGGUCACUUCCUGUUUGCAUCAAGGCGCUGGAAUCGGAGGCCAUAUCACGGGGACGACACGCCAUCAGUUUCCUUCGUUUCCUGGAUUCAUUUCAGGUUCCUUUACCUCACGGCCCGGGUGGGGGUCUUAACCCUCAGAUUGAGCCCCCCCAGCCGGAGGGAAGCAUCGAAACACGGAUCAUUUUAUUUCUUUAUUUCUGUCCUCGAUGGAUCACACCUGACUGCACUUGAUUUAUUUUUACAUUUAUGGUUGGAACUUUUCUUUUUGUGCAGAAACUUGUGAAAGGUUUGGGGCGGGUGGGGGGGGGGGUGAAAGGCUCAGCAGGACGACUGAGAUCCUCACUGAUGCAGAUUCAUUUUAAAUCGUCACUCUCUCUGAGUUUUAUUUCACUGGGUUUUAAUCUCAGCGCCUUGGAGUCUCCUGCUGAGCUUCAGAAAGCUUCAGGGUUUCUUUGGGAUCAGCGAUGGAGCUUCUGUAUCGGCGAGUUAGGAGAAAAACACCAACCGUUUUGAACAAUCCUGGUUCUUUUCUCCAAAAUUGAAUCAGAAAAUUUCCCCCAAAAGGGACUCAACUUCUUAAAGAGUUUCUCCCAUUUUGUCAAAGAAAAUGCAUUUCUUAAUUUAAGAUCGGUUUGUCUCUAAACUCAAUCACUCGCUCAAAAUUUGGUCCAAAUCUCUUUUCCUUUUUCACAAAUUUUGUCCACAAUUGGAGAUCAUAUCUGUACCAAUUUGGACCCAUUUCAGUAGGCAUCUUAAACAAUUUGUGUAAAAAGCCCAAAGAGUCAGUGGUUAGAACUCGUUUGUCCAAUCCAAGCUUCACCCUUUCUCUCUUUUCAGUCGCGUUACUAUAAGGAGGGGAAAUCUUUGAAUUGGGAUUUUAAAAAGUCAGCAUCACUUUUUUAUGAAAGACAUUUUCCCCAAGUUGGAACCAAAGCUCACCUUUCAAUUUUCUCAAAAUGUUGAAUAAUGCAUGAGUUAAUGCACUUCAUUUCUCCACAAA